UAUCGCGAGAGAAGGAGGUGCUUUUUCUCUCCCGCUUAAUUCAGGUUUAUGGCCAAGCUGCUUCUCAGGCGGUGCUGUUGCUUUUCUUCUCAAGAAUCUCCCUCCUUCUUACCGGAAUUUGGAAUCGAGUGAGUUUUCUGACGUGUUUGAGCACAGGACCCAGGGGUACUUCGAGAGAGAAGUGGUCCUGGAGGAGCUGGACUGAUCAUAGAAAUGAGUCCUGCAGAUGCUCUCGAUGAUGAAAAUACAUUUAAAAUCUUAGUUGCAACAGAUAUUCAUCUGGGAUUUAUGGAAAAAGAUGCCGUCAGAGGAAAUGAUACGUUUGUAACACUUGAUGAAAUUUUAAGACUUGCCCAGGAACAUGAUGUGGAUUUCAUUUUGUUAGGGGGUGAUCUUUUUCAUGAAAAUAAACCCUCAAGAAAAACAAUACAUAACUGCCUCGAGUUAUUAAGAAAAUAUUGCAUGGGGGAUCGUCCUGUACAGUUUGAAAUUAUCAGCGAUCAGUCAGUCAACUUCGGUUUUAGUAAGUUUCCAUGGGUGAACUACGAAGAUAGCAAUCUCAACAUUUCAAUUCCUGUGUUUAGUAUUCACGGCAAUCAUGAUGAUCCUACGGGGGCAGACUCACUCUGCGCCCUGGAUAUUUUAAGUUGUGCUGGAUUUGUAAAUCACUUUGGACGUUCAAUGUCUGUGGAGAAGAUAGACAUUAGUCCGGUUUUGCUUCAAAAAGGAAGCACAAAAAUUGCUCUAUAUGGCUUAGGAUCCAUUCCAGAUGAAAGGCUCUAUCGAAUGUUCGUCAACAAAAAAGUGACAAUGUUGAGACCAAAAGAAGAUGGGAACUCUUGGUUUAACUUAUUUGUGAUUCAUCAGAACAGGAAUAAACACGGAAGAACUAACUACAUUCCAGAACAGUUUUUGGAUGACUUCAUUGAUCUUGUUAUCUGGGGCCAUGAACAUGAGUGUAAAAUAGCUCCAACCAAAAAUGAACAACAGCUCUUUUACGUAUCACAACCUGGAAGCUCAGUGGUCACUUCUCUUUCCCCAGGAGAAGCUGUAAAGAAACACGUUGGUUUGCUGCGUAUUAAAGGAAGGAAGAUGAACAUGCAGAAAAUUCCUCUCCGCACAGUGCGGCAGUUUUUCGUGGAGGAUGUCGUUCUGGCUGAUCAUCCAGACAUUUUUAACCCCGAUAAUCCUAAAGUAACCCAAGCCAUACAAAGCUUCUGCUUGGAGAAGAUUGAAGAAAUGCUUGAAAAUGCAGAACGGGAACGUCUGGGAAAUUCUCGACAGCCAGAGAAGCCUCUUAUACGACUGCGAGUGGACUAUAGUGGAGGCUUUGAACCGUUCAGUGUUCUUCGCUUUAGCCAGAAAUUUGUGGACCGGGUAGCUAAUCCAAAAGAUGUUAUCCAUUUUUUCAGGCGUAGAGAACAAAAGGAAGACACGGGAGAAGAGAUCAACUUUGGGAAGUUCAUCACAAAACCUUCAGAAGUAACAACUCUAAGGGUAGAAGACCUUGUGAAACAGUAUUUUCAAACCGCAGAGAAGAACGUGCAGCUCUCACUUCUAACAGAAAGGGGAAUGGGUGAAGCAGUACAAGAAUUUGUGGACAAGGAAGAAAAAGAUGCCAUAGAGGAAUUAGUGAAAUAUCAGUUGGAAAAAACACAGCGAUUUCUUAAAGAACGUCAUACUGAUGCCCUAGAAGAUAAAAUCGAUGAAGAGGUACGUCGUUUCAGAGAAAGCAGACAGAAGAACGAAGAAGACGAUGAAGUCCGAGAGGCCAUGAGUAGGGCCAGAGCCCUCAGAUCUCAGUCAGAGGAAGCUGCUUCCGCCUUUAGUGCUGAUGACCUUAUGAGUAUAGAUUUGGCAGAACAGAUGGCUGAUGACUCUGAUGACAGCAUCACAGCAGCAGCCAACAAAGGAAGAGGCCGAGGAAGAGGCCGGAGAGGAGGAAGAGGGCAGAAUCCAGUGUCAAGAGGAGGAUCUCAGAGAGGAAGAGCAGGCGCUGCUCUGGAGACUUCUACUCCAGGCAGAAGUUCAAAGGCCACUACGUCAACAUCUAGAAAUAUGUCUAUUAUAGAUGCCUUUAAAGCUGCAAGACAGCAGCCCUCCCAAAAUGUUGCUACUAAGAAUUAUUCAGAGGUGAUUGUGGUAGGUGAGUCAGAUACGGAAGAAGACAUUUUUCCUACGACUUCCAAAGCUGAUCAAAGGUGGUUGAGCACUUCAUCAUCGAGCAAACACACGUCCCGGAGCAAAAUCACUAAAGGGGUUGAUUUUGAAUCAGAUGAGGAUGAUGAUGAUCCUUUUAUGAACCUUAGUUCUGUAAGAAGAAACAGAAGAUAAUAUAUUUAAUGGCAGUUUGAAGUUUUCAAGAUUCAGGAAAAAUCGAAACGUUGCAAACUACGAGUUUACCAGUUGAAGAUGUUUUGAGUAUUGCUGUUAACUGAAGAAUUUGAAUGAUUCUUACUUAACAGAGAAACUAAUGUAUAAAAAUUUACGUUUUUGAAUAUCAUUUCCUGAACAUGACUUCAUUAUUUGAGAAACUUCCCAGCUCAAGGGCAUAUAGAAUAGCAUUGGUUUUCCUUAUUUUUUAAUCUGGUUGUUAACAUUACCUGUUCUAUAAAUGCUCCAUACAACUUAGAAUGUUGUUUUUCUGACAUACAUCAGUAUAUGUCUUACCGAGUGAGAGCUUUGCUUAAAUACAGUCUUGAGUAAGGACUAAAAUAAAUCUACCAUUGUAUGUUUCUGCUUUAUAAUCAAAGACUGUGCCAGUAUUUUAAGGUUAUUAUAUUUAGCCAAAGUUGAGGAAAAGAGCUUAUAGAAUCUAGUCCUUUUUAUAAUUUUCGUAAUUUCUAGACAUCCUGGAUUUCCUGCAGGUAAAACAAUUUAUAUGAAACGGUGCCUAAGCUCACUGUCUGUUACUCAGUAUAUGUUCUUUUUCUAAUGCUUGUGAUAGUAUCAGCCAGAAACUUUGAAUGAUUACAUAUACCCUAUACUUUGAAUAAUUAGAUAUAAGUUUGUAUCAAAAAAUAAAGUCUGUCAGAAUUA